AUGGAGUUACCUUGGGUUUUGAUGGGCCUCCGAAAUCAUCCGAAUACCGACACCGGUGUUUCCCCGAAUCAGCUCGUUUUCGGAUCCAACAUCCGAGCUCCUGGACAUCCUCCGAGGGCGUUUUCUUCUGUGCAACCAACUUCUUUUGCCGAAAAACUCCAAGCUUCAAUCGCAAGUCAACGGAAACCGGAAACGCCGUGGCAUGCCGCGGAAUCACAACGGAAAAGUCACGUCCCUAAGGCACUGGUGUCGUGCGACGAAAUUCUAUUACGCGAAGAAAGGAGCUUGCCAAGUCUAAGACCAAAGUACUCCGGACCUUUUAAAGUGAUCUCAAGGAACAAAAAAACUCUGACCAUCGAACUUUAUAACGGUCAUCAAGAAACUGUGUCAAUUGACC